AUGUGUAGAUCGACUGACUACCACGGAUUUCAACCGAGGAGGGACCGGUUGAAGAUUCGGGCUUUCUUUCUGCGGUUUUCGGGUCUGAAUACCCGGGCACCGUUACCCGAAUCCCUCACUCUUUCGUUUCUUCCUCGGAUUAACGAGAACGAGCUAGAGAUCGACGGGUCAAAGAUCCGACCCGAUACACCGGCAUUCCUCACUCUCUACCGGGUCGUGAAUGCCAAGGUGAAGGACGGUGAAGUGAUAUUCGGAUCCCGAGAGCGGGUCGAGGCCGGCGAUGGGAUCCGGUUCGAGGUUUAUCUGAGGGAAGAGAAGGUGCUGAAGGGAACUUUCAGGAAAGAUGAGGGGCAAGAGUGGAAAUUGGAGUGUAAGUGCGCGCUGGAGAGCGAGAGCGUCGCGAGGGAGAUAGCUGAGGCGCAGGUCUGCGUGGCAGUGGAGGGACACGUGGCGAUGAUUGAGAGGGUGAGAAUGGUGGUUAAAAAACAAAACAGCACCGGAACUGCGGGUUUAAGCGGCUGGAGGAGAUUCCGGAGGAGGGAGACGUGGAUUAUGAAUCGGACGGCUGUUGUUGUAAAUGUGGAUCGGACGGUGGAGAUUCGGAGGUGGGUGGUGACGUGGACGGAGAGGAUGAGGAGUUGGAGGUAG